AUGGCAUACCAAGUGGAUGUAGAUGAGGCCGAUGUGGCUGUCCUCAACCAAAACUUGAUCAAAUCCAAAGCCCUCUUUGAAAGUAUUAACCAAUCGCUCACCAAAAUCUCCAAGAAAACAUAUGCAGCCCAUACCACAAUCAAACCUGUUCUUACACAAGUCAAUCAAUUAACCACAUCCAAGAGGGAAGUAGAAGGCGGACUCGGUCUACUUUCAGAAGUGAGUCAGAGUGCUGCACAAAUCAACAAUUUUGAAAAUGCAUUGAAUAACAAUAUCGAAGUGAUUGGAUUACUCAAAUAUGUCAACACAUUGAAACAGUCACAGGAAUUGUACAGUCGUAUCAAACCUAGGUUCAAGCAGUUUAAGGGAAUAUUGUACAAUUUCCAAAAUGUGAUUGAGAGAAGUGAAUUGAAGGUGCAGAGCUACAUUGAUGGUGUGCUCAAUUUGGAAACUAGUAAAAUGAUGAAUAAGAAACAUGAAGUGAAGGUGAUUUUCGAUUAUUUCGGUCAACAGGGUAAAGACCAACACAUCGCCAAUAAAUUUGUCGAUAAACGUGGUGCCAAAGUCGUUCAACAGUUGAAAAUCGUGGAACAUGAACUACAGCCAACAAACAUUGAAGGACCUUUUGAAAAAGGGUUGCGAGGGUAUAAUCAGUUCACAGAUGCUGUUGAUAACGUAUUGAAGGAGGAAGUACUGGUUUUGAAACAAUGUGCAUUACCACCAGGCUUGAUUGGUCCCAUUCUGGAAUAUGCCAUACGGGAAUAUAAUCAAGUGAUGCAAUCAUUGGCGACUCGAUUGAGCACAACGCUAUCAGCCAGCACCGACAACUGUUUAAUCUUGUUGGAAAUCAUUGAUAAUUUGCUUCGAAUGGAUUAUCAAUUAAGUCAUCGAUACACUGUCAAGAGCAUAUCAUUUGGUAAAAUACUUGAUCAAUUCAUUGCCAUUGGUACGUCUAUUUUCCCCGUUUGUAUUCGGGCAAUUGAAGCUCAAGUCCAAGGUCUUUCCCAAUUCAAUCAAGUGACAACGGUUCAAGUAUCCACCAGCUCGAUCAACUUGGCUCGAAGAAUGUGUGAGUUUAAACAGCCAUUAUUACGAUUGAUCCAAACUAGGAAACCUGGCGAUUGGAUCCUGGAGUCUCCUCCAUUGCAAUACAUUGGAGUAUUCAACUCGAUCAUUACAAACACCACAUUUGACGACAAAUCGCCUGAUUUUUUACUCUCGUCGUAUUUCGCCGACCUCAUUGAUUGCGUGAUGAUCAAUAUCGAAAUCGGAUUGAAGAAGCCCCAUGGUGAACAUGCCAUUAAGAAAUCAAGUCAAGGUUUUAUACUCUUGAGAAACUUGUACUUUGCAGAGCAAAUCAUCAAUCGAUCAAAAGAGUUAUUCCAUAUCCUUGGAUCCAAUGGACAAGAGCGUAUCAACAAGUUGAAAAACAGGUUCCUCAAGCUAUUCCUUGAAGACUGGAGCUAUGCCUCCUACAUCAUCAUUGAACGAAUGACCCUCAUUGCGACCCAAGCUGGUGGUGGCAACUCCUCCUCCUCCACCUCCGCCGCUGCCACCACUGCUGCUGCUGCUGCUGCUGGCUCCAAUGUAAACCCAAACACAUCCAUAGGCACAGGCGGCGGACAAGCCACCAACCUCUCCAACAAGGAACGGGAGCAAGUUAAGGAAUUGUUUAAGAAAUUUAAUGAAUCAUUUGAAGAAGCAUUGGCCAAUUAUCGCGCGCUUGAUUUUGGUGAUGCUAGCUUACGAAGUUUUCUUGGAAAUGAAGUGAAGAAGAUGAUUUUGAAUGCGUAUUUCAAGUUGUAUGAUAAGUAUGGUAAUUCUGAUUUCACCAAGAAUCGUCUGAAGUAUAUCAAAUGGGACAAAUUGCAAUUUGAGAGGUUGCUCAAUGAGAAGUUGUAA